AUUUCGAAUCACAACACUAUCUUUUUUUUAUUAAAAUAUCACCAGCCAGCACGUACCAUCACCAAAAAGUUCGGAAUACAAGCCACCGCUUAGUGAUACGGAUGUGAACUAAAAUCGAAAGUGCAUUAUUAUACGAUUUUGUAAUUGGUGUUUUUUAUAUGAAAUGUUAAAUUAAAAGUAAUACAGAUUGUAUAUGAGUGAUGUGCAGUGUGGAGAUUUGUGAUUGUCUUACGUAACUGGCUUAAGAGUGCGUCCCCGGCGCGGUGAUGACGGCAUGGAGGUGGUGGGCCUGGUGCUUUGCGCCCUGCUGGUGAGCGGAGCCCCCAACGCGACGCACCGCCGCGCGGACCCCCAGGAGCCCCUGCCGGAGGAGGACGACGAGUUCGUCCUUGAUUAUUAUGACGAGGCUAGGAUUAAUAUCUCUGAAAAGGGCCGCUACCUGGGCUCCCCAUGUGAGUUCACGUGCAACUCGAAGCUGGUGCAUGUGUACUGCGAGCCGAGGUCGAGCACGUGCCAGUGCGACCCCAAGCAUUCUGUGGAACUGGGUGUUGCGAGGGGGUGCGCUAAACCCAAAAAGCUUGGCGAGCAAUGUUUCUACCGGGAGACGUGUCGCGCGUUCGACCCGCACGCGUCCUGCGUCCAGGUCAAUCAUAACGCGUACUGCCAGUGCGACCCUGGCUACCACACCACCAGCCACUCACGGCCGACGCAAAGGGUCUUCUGCACUGAAGACCUUGUGCUGCUGACGGCGGACAUGCCGACGCUGCUGGGAGUAGCGUCGGGCAUCUUCGUGCUGGCGGGCCUCCUGUGCUUCGUGCUGCACCUCUACACGAAGGCCCGCUACCACCCCGCGCAUCUAGCUGAUGCGCGCCUCACUCCACCCUGUCUGUACUCUUUGAAUGAUACUGGCGGCACACUAAGCGCGACGCGGGCGUCCUCCCGCGCGUCGUCCCGCAGCGGCUGCACGAGCGGCACGCUAGAGCUGGACUCCCGCCGCGAGUCGCGCCGGGCCGCGUCGCGCGCAGGUGCGGCGCGCACGGCGGCCAUCUUGCUCAUCUCGCGCCACCUCGGGGCCGGGCACGGCGGCGCGCGCGCUAAGUGCGCCGCCAAAGGUUCGCGACGUCCAAGUCUAAGUUCAGUGCAAAGCAGCUCAUCGUCAAUUAGGAGUUACAGCGCAAAGAAGUGGGAGAGAGAGAGAGAACAGAAAGAGAGAAGGCAGAUGAGCAUGCGUCUCGCUCAGUUGCACGACAAGAUGGCGGCCGGCCGAGAACUACCGAAGCACGCGCCGACCCCAUCUCCUAGAUCUCCUAAUAACUCUACCGAUGGGCUAUUACCGGCUGUUUGCGAAAUUCGAGAACUGGUGACAAACGCCGAUCAGCUCCAAGGAGUUGACGGUCCGUGUUCCAGCUCCUCGCUUUACUGACAACAAAUGACAUCGACCGUCAUCCGGUCCAUGGACUCGCUGUCCUCUGACGGCACUCCAGCCGUUGCGUGGAUGUAGUGAACAAACAGACAAAAAUAUAUUAACUGUGUGUAACAAAAUGCAUCAGGCUUGGCGAAGUUAACGAUAAUGUUAAAUUAUUGGAGUGAAGUGAUUUCAGUGACUCUUAGAGAAUGAAGACUUUUUGUACUUUGUGGAUAUUGUGAUGCUAUCGAGUGUUAUUAGUUUAUAAGCACAAUUUCAUUAACCCCCUCCGGACACCAUAUUGAUAGUCUUAGUUAUCAUUAGGCGUGGCUUGUAUUAACUAUAAUACAUUUAGUUUAUAACAUUUUGAAUCACAUGAAAUAAAUAAUACAUGAGAUAACAAUAUUCUAAUUGAAGGCCUAACAAUAAGAAACAAUCAUCAAUUUGAUGGCAAUUUGGUUUAAUCUACACUAAGGGCUGAUUUUUCAAUCCUUGGUUAAAACUUACCCGUCUAAUAAAUGAUUUUUAUUUAUUUAUUUAUUUUUAAUAAAGUAUAUUAAAAUGUUACAUGUCAAAUACGGGCAAUUAUACUACAUUUUUGAAAUUACGUUAUUCGACGAAUAAGUUUUAACCAAGGAUUGAAAAAUCCGUAGGUAUCCAAUUGAAAUAAAUGUAUUUGUUAUUAUUUAAAAAUGUCCAAAGAUACGCAAAGAUUAACUUAUGAGCAGACGUUUCAUCUCUAAAGUAAAACCAAACGCUUUAUUAAUUAGAACCACGAAAUCGUUUAAUAAAUAUUAGAAAAUAAAAUCAUUGAGUAAUGAUUUAAAAA